GGUGUCUGCUAAAAAAGAAUUUUGGAUGAUGCUGAUGUUCUGACAUUCUCUCUCUCUCUCUCUCUCUCUCUCUCUCUCUCUCUCUCUCCCUUCUCUGUAUCUGCGCAGCUUCUUCAUCUACGGCUGAGGAAUUAAAUCUUCAUACAUGUGGUGAGAGCACAAAAAAGACUCAAACUCGAGCUCUUUUGGGGUUUCUCAGAUUUUGCUAAUGUUUUUUCUUGGUCUUCUGAGAAGGUAACUGAAUCAAUCAGCUUCAAUCUUAACUUUUUCCUUUUCCAAUCUUCAAUCAAUUCCAAGUUUAUUCACAGCUUUGGGAUGAAAUCUGCUGUCUUCUCGCCAAUUCGUUUUCCAUAAAGUUCAUUUCUUUCUUUCUUAAACAUGGAUUCUUCGAGGUGAUAUCAAGAAAAAGUUUGUAUCUUUUUCUAGAUUUGGGGUUAUAAGUAAACUGGGUUUAGGUAUCUUUGUUGAUAACGACGAAAACAUUGGAGUAACAGUAUGACUAUAAUGGAGGAGAAGCAGAGUAGUCCUGUGCAUCAGACGAAAACAAUGGAGAGGCAACAGAGUUUUCGAUGCGUGGAGAACAACAACAACCCGCCAAGAAAGGCUAGAUCUUUAGAGAAACAAGUCAGUUUCCAAGGCGUGAGUGUCGAGAAUCAUCAUCACCCAAGCAGGCUCGGAAGAUCAAUGGAGAAGCAACAGAGCUUCCGAGGCGUGACCACUGCAGAGAAUCAGAAACGCGGACUUAUUAUGGAGAAGCUUCCUAGUUUUGGCAAAGCAUCAACAACGAUGGAGAGGCAGAAGAGUUUCCGCGGCGGGUUCUUAGAGAAGCAGAAGAGCUUCCGUGUGGUGAUGGAGAGGCAGUUGAGCUUCAUCGGCGAGAGGAGGAAGAAGACUGAGUCGCCAGGGAAGAGAGGUGACUCGCCUCUUCAUAUAGCUGCUAGAACUGGGAACUUAGGUAAGGUUAAAGAUCUGUUUCGAGGCGGUUGCGAUGGAGAGGAGUUGUUGUCAAAGCAGAAUCUUGAAGGAGAGACUCCUCUUUACACUGCUGCAGAGAAUGGUCAUUCAGCUGUUGUUGAGGAGAUGUUGGAGCGUAUGGAUCUCCAAACUGCUUCAAUCGCUGCUAGAAACGGGUUUGAUCCGUUCCAUGUCGCAGCUAAACAAGGCCAUCUUGAGGUGUUGAAGAUUCUGUUGGAGACAUUCCCAAACUUGGCGAUGACAACUGAUUUACUAUGUACAACUGCGUUACACACAGCUGCAACGCAAGGGCACAUCGAUGUGGUGAAUCUUCUUCUGGAGACGGAUUCUAACUUGGCUAAGAUAGCUAAGAACAAUGGUAAAACCGCGCUUCACUCUGCAGCGAGGAUGGGUCAUGUGGAAGUUGUUAAGUCUCUGAUAGGUAAUGAUCCAAGCAUUGGGUUUAGAACUGAUAAAAAGGGACAAACUGCUCUUCACAUGGCUGUUAAACGUCAAAACGAUGGGAUCGUUGUUGAGUUGGUGAAGCCUGAUGUUGCGGUUUUGAGCGUUGAGGAUAACAAAGGGAACACUCCAUUGCACAUUGCCACAAACAAGGGCCGUAUCAAGGUAAUAGUCCGAUGUUUGUUAUCUUUUGAAGGCAUUAACCUCAACCCAAUAAACAAAGCUGGAGAUACGCCACUCGAUGUUGCUGAGAGGAUAGGAAACGCAGAGCUUGCGUCGGUUCUGAAAGAAGCAGGAGCUGCUACAGCUAAAGAUCUAGGGAAGCCUCAGAACCCAGCUAAGCAACUCAAGCAAACAGUCAGCGACAUAAAGCACGAGGUACAAUCUCAGCUUCAGCAGUCUAGACAAACCGGUGUAAGAGUCCAGAAGAUAGCAAAGAGACUCAAGAAGCUUCACAUUAGCGGUCUAAACAACGCUAUCAACUCGGCAACCGUCGUGGCUGUGCUUAUCGCCACCGUGGCUUUCGCAGCCAUUUUCACAAUCCCUGGUCAAUAUGAAGAGGACCGGUCGAAAGGAGAUUUGCUAGGACAAGCUCAUAUAGCGAACAAAGCACCGUUUCUGGUCUUCUUCAUCUUUGACAGCUUGGCACUGUUUAUAUCCUUAGCUGUUGUUGUUGUGCAGACUUCAGUUGUUGUGAUUGAGGAAAAGGCGAAGAAGAAGCUCGUCUUUGUGAUCAACAAGCUCAUGUGGUGUGCUUGUCUGUUCAUAUCCAUUGCCUUUGUUUCCCUCUCUUACAUUGUUGUGGGCAAAGAGGAGAUGUGGUUGGCCGUAUGUGCAACUGUCAUUGGCGGCACCAUCAUGUUGACAACGAUCGGUGCCAUGUGUUACUGUGUGAUCAUGCACAGGGUGGAGGAAUCUAAGUUAAAAAGCAUAAGGAAAGAGAGAAGCAAGUCUCAGUCCUUCUCUAUGUCUCGUAUGCCUUCUGAUUCAGAGAUUCUAAAUGGUGAAUACAACAAGAGAAUGUAUGCACUAUGAACAACCAAUUUGGACAGGAUACUCUCCUCAUGUAAGAGUGGCCAGUAUAUACUUGUAUUUUGUAUCUGUAAACCGUUGCUAUUCGAUAUUUUUUCAGAGUUUCUCGAGUAGAAUAACAGAUUUGUAAUGAGUUCAAUGAAGUAUCAACGCAAUAUACACUUUUUCUGAUA